UUUGGGCCGUGCUUUGACAGACAGAAAUUCGUACAAAAUUAAAAGACGCAUAGAAUUUUAAGCAGGCUGUAAGCAUUUCAAAUGUGAAAUACAUUUUAUAGUCAGAAAUAUGCGUGAGUGGCGUUUAGUGUAACAACGAGAGCAACAGCAGCAUCAGCAAUUAUAUGUGCAAGCGCCACAACGACAAAGUAACAGAAGCAGCAACAACAGCAGCCUAAUCGCCUAAUCAAACGCAAAACUGCCGUCUGGUCUGUCUGUGGGCCCUAACCGCAUUGGCGAAAAAAUUCCGCACAAAAAUCGAAAGUGUAGACACGCGCGCGUGAGAGGCGAGGCGAGCCGGUUGAGCGGAGGAUAGCACAGCAUAUCGGGUAGAGAGCAAGAGAGAGAGAGCAAAAGUAAACGCCGGCAAAUUGGAGCGUCGUCGUUGCGGCUUCAGCCAGAGGUAUGGAUCAGCAUGUGACAGAAGCGCUGGCAGCGGAGCUAGCCAAGGCAGUGGAGCUUAUCAUGAGUCCCAUGACGCCACAACAGGCGCGUCUAGAAGCUUAUAUGGCCUGCGAGCGCUUUAAGGAGGAAUCACCCAUGUGCGCACAAGUGGGACUUUAUUUGGCAAGCACGCCGCAUCACGAUCAGCAGGUGCGUCACUUUGGUCUGCAGCUCAUCGAGUACACCAUCAAAUUUAAAUGGAACUGCAUCACGCAUGAGGAGAAGGUAUACAUUAAAGAUAAUGCCAUCAAGAUGCUGAAUUUGGGCGUAGGACCGGCAGAAGAUCGCACUCUGUUGCAUUUAAAGGAUGCUCUCUCACGCAUUAUUGUUGAAAUGAUAAAACGUGAGUGGCCGCAGCAAUGGUCGGACCUGUUACCCGAAUUAUCGCAGGCUUGCAGCAAAGGCGAGGCACAAACGGAGCUGGUGCUGUUGGUGUUUCUACGCCUGGUGGAGGACGUGGCACUGCUGCAGACAAUUGAAUCGAAUCAGCGACGCAAGGACAUGUAUCAGGCGCUCAACAAUAACAUGAAUGACAUAUUCGAGUUCUUUCUGCGCCUGGUUGAGCAGCAUGUGACGACAUUUCGAGAAACGACACGCUUAGGCCACUUCGAUAAGGCCAAUGCGCACAGUCGUGUGGUGGAAGUGGUGCUGCUUACUUUAAGCGGCUUUGUGGAGUGGGUUAGCAUCAAUCACAUCAUGUCCAGCAAUGGCAAACUUAUGCAUUUCCUUUGCAUUUUGCUCAACGACAAAGCAUUCCAGUGCAAUGCUGCCGAGUGUCUGGCGCAGAUAACCAAUCGCAAGGGUCAAGCCAAGGAGCGCAAACCACUGUUGCAGCUUUACAAUGAGGAACCGCUGCGCUAUAUUUAUAGCGCCAGUCAACAGCAGCCGGAUACGAGUAGCACGCAGUCGCUGGAGCAGCAGCAUAAUUUUCUUAAAAAGCUGCUGCAAGUGCUGAAUGGCAUGGUGCAACAACUCGUGGCACUCUGGGGCAAAGACGAUGCCACCCAACGUCCGGCACAGCUGGAGAUUAUGUUUGAGUGUCUGCUGCUGCUGGUGCAACAUCCCUCCUUGACGGUGGCCCAUGGUGCAGCUUUGAUCUGGCAACUGUUGCUCAAACAUGAUGGUUGCUCCAAGGAUUAUCUGAUGGUCAACUACAUUCCAAAGCUAAUACAUACGUUAGCACCGCGCAUAGUCAAAUUGCCGUAUCCAGCGCCCACCACAACAACGCCAGCCGCAGCAGCAGCAGGAACAACCACAACAUCCCCAAGGACGGUGCCUACCACCGAUUGCUAUAUACGCCUGGAGUAUGACAGCGAGGAGGAGUUUGCCAUAUACUUUUUUCGCUGCCGCACCGACUUUCUGGAAAUCUUUCGCCAAGCAACGCUGGUGCAACCGCUGAUCACAUAUGGUUAUUGCGAGUCCUGGCUGCAGUCACGUCUGCGUCAUGCGCAUCAAGAGCCGGAGCUAUCGAAUACCAGUUGCAGCGUGAUGCAUCCCAUCUAUCUGGAAUGGGAGGCCCUGGCCAGCGUACUGGAUGGCGUCUUGAGUCGCAUUCUGUUGGUGACCGAACGUCCGGCUGUUGCCAGCGGCUUGCGCUUGCUGGAGGAAUGCCUCAAACUGGAAACGAACAACACACUCAUCUACUCCAUUCUAUUGUCUUGCAUUUCGGCGCUGUUUGUCUUUCUCAGCAUGUCCUCCUGCCAGCUGACGCCCAACAAUUGUGUUGCCAUGAGCGGUGUGUCAUUGCUGCCACGCGUUUUGGAUAAAAUCUUUCGUGCACUGGUCGUGAAGCCACCAAAUCCGCAGGAGCUAGUGCAGCAAAAGUCAGCCAAGAAUUUGCAGCGUCAUGCAGUUAGUCUGCUGGUCAAGCUGGCGCAUAAGUAUCCAUUGCUCCUGCUGCCCGUCUUUGAUCAGAUCAACAAUCAUGUGGAAUGCCUGCUCAAGUCAGCAGCAGCAGCAGCCAACCAACCAAACAGCAGCAACAUCAGCAUCAACAACAGCAACAUCAGCAGCAACAGCUCCAACUCCAGCUCGCCACCACUUUGCCGCAUGAUACGCACCACGCUCCAAGAGGCACUCAUACUUAUCUCAAAUCAUUUUUGCGACUUUGAGCGUCAGCAACUGUUCAUCGAGCACAUUGUGGCGCACAAGCGCACGGAGUGGUUGCACUUUGGUGAAUUGCUCAAGACCCCAAUGGACUUUAUCCAUUUCGUUGGGCUGGAUAAGGCGCCGGCCUAUGAUUUGAGCAACGAUGCAACGCUUAUGAAUCGCUCACGCCUCUUGGAUGCUCUGCAUGUCGUGCUGGGCGUGGUUAAGCGCUGCACUUGGCCCGAUGAUCCGGAUCGUGCACAACGUGGUGGCUUCGUUAUUGGCUGCACGGAACUGGGCAAUCCCAUUUGUCGCAAUCCAGCGACCAAUAAUGUGGUGCCAUUGCUCCAACACGUUUUGUCCUUGAUGCGCGUGCUCAAUGAGAUGUUCCGGCCAGAAGCGCUGGCCGCGCUAGCCGAGGGCUUUCGUCAUAUACACGGCAUGCUGGAGCAGGACAAGAAGCUGCUGAUGGGCAUAUGCGCCGUGCCAGUGGAUCCGCUGGAUUCGACCAUUAAAAGCGAGCCCACGCCCUUUGAGAAGAUGCAGGGCUUCAUGACCAUGAUCAUUGAGGGUUGCUAUCACUUAAUGGGCUCAGCGGGUCCCUCGCUGGGACGUGAUCUGUAUCAGCUGAUGGGCCUGUCGGAUGCGAUCAUAAACAACGUCUUUAGCUGUCUGGACAUCAUACCCGACUAUCGUGUGCGUCCCAUCAUCCGUGUGUUCUUCAAGCCUUUUGUCUACUCCUGCCCGCCCUGUUUCUAUGAACCGGUGCUAGUGCCGCUCUUUGCACACCUAACGCCGCUGAUGUGCGAGCGUCUCACACGACGCUGGCAUUAUAUAUCCGCACUCUAUGAAUCUGGUCAGCUGAAUGGCGAGGUGAACGAUACACAGGAGGUGCUCGAGGAUCAGCUGAAUCGCACGCUCACACGCGAGUACUUGGAUGUACUGAAGAUAGCGCUUGUGGGUGGUCAGCUGGGCGAGCACAAUGCUGCCUCUGGUGCUGGUGGCGGUGGCAGUGCACAGGUGGUGGCUAUGGAGAAUGAGGAGCUGUCUAUGGACAGUGCGCCGCAGUCGCGUGCGCUGCAAACGGCGCUGCUCUCGGACAUUAUCUCCGAGCUGGGUGGCAAGCUGUUGCGUCACAAUCUCAUUGGUAACUACAUGCUGAUGACCUUGCUCAAGGCCAUUGCCUGGAACGAUGGCAUGUGCAGCAUGAAAGCCGUCAAUAUAGCCGCGCCCGUGAUGCGUUUCCUUGCCGCCGAGCAGCUGAUGGAUGAGAAUAAGGCGGUGAGCGCGUUCACAGCCGUCUUGCAGGGCAUGCAGGUGCAUGGCCAGCAUGAGGCAAACCAGUCUGGCCUCAUCACACUUGGCGUGCAAUUCUAUGAGCUGCUGCGUCCCAAGUUCCCCAUACUCAGCGAGGUGUUGCAACAUAUACCGAGCGUCAAUGCCGCGGACAUACAAAAGUUCGAUGAGAAGGUGUCUGUGGCUCCCGUCAAGGGCAACAAAGUGGAUCGCGCCAAGAAGGAUAUAUUCAAGAAGCUCACGGCCCAGCUGGUCGGUCGUAGUGUUAAUCAGCUGUUCCGACAUGAAGUCCAAAUUGCCAAUUUGCCGCCCAUGCAAAAGAGCGUCUCCAGCAUCCACAGCAAGGUCAGCAGCACGGAUUUCAUGGACAACAAUCAAAAUGCCAAUCUGUGCAGUUUAUUUCAACGCAACGAAAAGUGACAGAUGGCAGCGUCAGCGUCAGCAGCAGAGCCAUCAACAGCACCCGUAGCAACGCAGUGACAGCGACGUCGACGUCGUCGUCGCUCAACUAGAGUGUCGACGGCGACGACGACGACGACGACGAGAACGAAUGAGCUUGAAUUAACUGUUAACUAGGAGCAGCAGCUGGAGACUGCCCGACUCCGACUCCAACUCUAACUCCAACCCCGCCACUGACCAAGUCAAUCGUCUGCAACGAAAUGGAUAAACAAUUUUUUCUAUUAUUUAUUGUAUAACUCUUUUAACAGUUAAGUUUUCUUUUGCUGCUGCUGUUCUUAUUCUCCCUAUUCUUCGCUUGCUGUUUUUAGUUCUAUUUAUAUUCUUUUUAACUUUAGCAGCUGCGCUUUGUUAUUUAUUGUACGAAAUUUGUUA